CCGAAACUCAAUGCCAUCGACCGCCCCACCACGUGGUCGAGCACUCUCGACAACCCGAUCCAGUGCCUCCAGCAUGACAAAUCUCUCGUGCGAAGAACACUUUGACACGGCCACCAUGCAGACCGCCUCCCCCGACGACGUCGACAUGGAACUCGUGGACGAAUGGUACAGCUCGAUGCUGGCCCAAGAGCGGGCCCAGUUUCAAUAUGCCCCGCAGCCACAUUACCUCAAGGUGCGCCUCAUCCUGGUCGACUGGACAUGCGACGUCGGCGAGGAACUCGAGCUCCCCAAGCUUGUCGUCCACACCGCCAUCCACUAUCUCGAUCGCCUUCUCAACGCCCCGUGUGCGCUGCCGCCUCAGUCCAAGCUCCAGCUCGUGUGCCUCGUGUGUCUUUGGAUUGCGACCAAGUUUGCGUCCGUGGACUGCGAAGUCCCCACGAUCGAAGAAAUUUAUGCAUACGGCCACCAGCAAUACUCUGUCGACGAAAUCAAGGCAUACGAAAUGGCCAUGCUCAAAGCCCUCCAAUGGCAGCUCCACGUGCUCACUCCCAUCCACUUCACCGAGUUUUACCUGACCAGCCCGCCCCUCUUCCCGGACGACGACAUCAACGGGUACCAGCUCACCGACCCUGCCGCGUACGCCACCGUGUACGCCAAGCACGUCGAGUUCCUGACCGAGAUGUGCCUACAAGAGUACGCGUUCAACCAGUGGCUGCCGUCGGUUUUGGCGACCGCAAUGCUUUGCGUGGCCCGCCGCAUCGUGCACAUAACGCCCGUGUGGCGAGAAGAAAUCGAGAUGGGCAGCGGCUACGUCGUCGAAGAGAUCCAAGACUGCUUUCACGCAAUGUGGUCGCACUACCUUCACCAUUUUAGCAAGGGCACGCAAGACGAGCCGUCCCCGAGCUCGGUCGCCGCCGUUGCGCAUCACCACCACUAGUGGAUUUCGUUCGUUAGAGAAUUGUUAGAGCCGCUGGCCGGGCCCGCCGCCCGCUGUAACCUGAAAAUCAUAUUUAUUCGUCCCUCCAAGGGACAACCAGCCCAA